AAAAAUCUCCACAUCAAACAACAAAUCAAAUUCUCAAUAUUUGUCAAAUUUACAAUCGAAAUUGUUAGUUUUCGUCUGCAACAAUGGAGUCGAAGCAAGCAGCGCGGGAAGAGAGAGCUGAGGUGGCGGCGAGAACCGCUGCCGACGAGCUCAGCGAAGUUAACAGGGAGAGGAAGGAGCGGGAGAGUGAUGCCGUGGCGGUGGAGCGGCCGGAAUAUUACCGGAGAACGGAAGUCCGGCAAGAAGAGAGGUCUCCCGGCGUGAUCGGCAGCAUUAUCAGGACGGUGGGCCAAGCUAAGGAUGCUGUGAUGGGGAAGUCCCACGAAGCUGCUGAUAGAACGCGGGAGACGGCGGAGGAGACGGGAGCCAGAGCCAGGGAGGCGGGAGAGUACACGGCGGAGAGGACGAAGGGGGCGGCCGACACCGCUGCCCGGAAGGCCGUAGAGACUAAGGAUGCGACGGCGGAGAAGCUGGGCGAGUAUAAGGAUUAUACGGCGGAUAAGACUAAGGAGACCGCGGACUCCGCGGCGGAGAAGGCGAAGCAGGCGAAAGAUGCCACGGCGGGGAAGAUCGGGGAGUAUACAGGCUACGCGGCGGAUAAGGCCAAGGGUGCCAAGGACGUGACGGUUGAGAAGGCGGCGGAGUACAGAGACUACACAGCUGAGAAAGCGAACCAGGCAAAGAAUGCAACGGCGGAGAAGGCUAAGAAUGCCAAGGACGCGACGGUCGAGAAGGCGGCGCAGUACAGAGACUAUGCGGCGGACAAGGCGAACCAGGCGAAGGAUGCGACGGUGGAAACCGCGAAGAACGCUAAGGAUGCGGCCGCGGAUAAGGCUAGUCAAGCUAAGGAUGCGGCGGCAGAAAAAGCGAGCCGAGCGAAGGAUGCAACGGCGGAGACAGCUAAGAAUGCGAAGGAUGCGACGGUCGAGAAGGCCUACCAAGCGAAGGAUGCAGCGGCGGAGACGGCUAAGAAUGCAAAGGAUACAACGGUGGAGUACAAGGAUUAUAGCGCUGAGAAGGCUAAAGAAGGGAAGGAUACUGCGGUGGGGAAGAUCACCGAAUUGAAGGAUUCGGUUGUGGGUUACUUCACGGGGAAGAAAGACGAGACGACGCAGGCGGCAGCGGAAGCCGGCGAGGCUGCAAAACAGAAGGCUGAAGAGACUAAGGAGGCAGCUAAGGGGAAAUAUGAGGAGAGCAAGGAAGAAGCAACGAGGAAAAUGGAGGAUAUGAAAAUCGGAGACGAGCGCGAGCGUGACACGGACGCAGCGUCGCGGCGUGCCACAUCAGCUGAGAGGAGCGGUGGCGGUGGAGGAGUUCUCGGAGCUUUAGGAAGCAUGAAGGACGCCAUCAAGGAUAAGCUAACGCCGCAUCCAACGGACAAGGAUACGGCCGUCCCCUCGUACGGAGGCGAGGGCGAGGCGAAGGCGGGGCGGCGGCUUGGUGUGGAUGAGGAGGGGACGCCGGUGGUGGUGAGGGUGGAUGUGGAGAGCACGCCGGGCGGCGCCACCGCCUCCCGCCUGAGGGAGGCUGACCAGAUAGCGGGUCAGACGUUCAACGAUGUGGGACCGUUGGAAGAGCAGGGCACCACGACUCGAGUACGCCUGGAUCGCCCGGGAAAAAUGUGAUCAAGUCUUUUCAUGCCUUGACUUUCGCCACCGCUUUUUUGUUUAUUUUGGUGAUUCUCGACUAUGUACGUUUUUUCCUUAUUUUGGCUGUUUCAAAAAAUUUGGAUUGCGAUGUGCGUGGUGUAUGUAUGAAAUCGAUGUACUACAGUGACACAAUGUAAUAUCGAAGGCAUAAAUUAACAUCUUC